CCCCCAACCCCCCCCAGACCCCCCAGAACCCCUCCUAGACCCCCAGACCUCCCAAAACCCCUCCUAGACCCCCCAAAAUCCCCCCAGAACCCCUCCUAGACCCCCCCAGACCCCUCAAAACCCCUCCUAGACCCCCCCAGACCCCCCAAAACCCCUCCAAGGCCCCAAAACCCCUCCUAGACCCCCCAAAACUCCUCCUAGACCCCCAGAUCCCAUCCUAGACCCCCCCAAGCCCCCCAAAACCCCUCCUAGACUCCCCCAAGCCCCCCAGAACCCCUCCCAGGCCCCCCAGACUCCCCCCCAGCCCCCCAUGCCGCUGGGCCUGGGCCGCCGCAAGAAGCCGCCGCCGCUGGUGGAGAACGAGGAGGGGGCCGGGGGCGCGGGGGAGCCCGGGGGAGCCCGGGGGGGCCCCGGGGGGGGGCCCGGGGGGGCGGCCCCUCCCCCCGCGCUGCGGCCCCGCCUGGUGUUCCACACGCAGCUGGCCCACGGCAGCGCCACCGGCCGCGUCGAGGGCUUCGGCAACGUGCGCGAGCUGUACGGCAAAAUCGGCGAGGCCUUCGGCAUCCCCCCCAGCGAGGUGCUGUUCUGCACGCUGAACACGCCGCAGGUGGACAUGGAGAAGCUGCUGGGGGGGCAGAUCGGCCUCGAGGAUUUCAUCUUCGCGCACACGCGCGGCCGCCAGAAGGACGUGCAGGUGCUGAAAUCCGAGGAGGCGCUGGGGCUCACCAUCACCGACAACGGCGCCGGCUACGCCUUCAUCAAGCGGAUCCGCGAGGGCUCGGUGAUGGCGCGCACGCCCCAGGUGGGCGUUGGGGACGUGCUGGAGGCGCUGGACGGGCGCAGCCUGGUGGGCACGCGGCACUUCGAGGUGGCGCGGCUGCUGCAGGAGCUGCCCCGCGGGCACCGCUUCCAGCUGAGGCUGACCGAGCCCCGGCGGGCCUGGGACGGGGUCGGGCCCCGCUCCGGGGGGGUCUCGGCCCGGGGGGGGCUCCCCCAGGGGCUCUCAGGCCGGGGGACACUGAGGCUGCGCUCGAGGGGCCCGGCCACGCUGCAGGAGCAGCCGUCGGCGUUCGAGGAGCGCGCGGUGGCCAAGGUGGACGAUCUGCUGGAGAGCUACAUGGGCAUCCGGGACAGCGAGCUGGCCGCCACCAUGGUGGAGCUGGGCCGGGACGCGCGGGACCCGGACGCGCUGGCCGAGGCUCUGGACGCGCAGCUCGGCGACUUCGCCUUCCCCGACGAGUUCGUCUUCGACGUCUGGGGCGCCAUCGGCGAUGCCAAGGCGGGGCGCUGCUGAGCCCCCCAAAACCCCCCGGGACCCCAAAACCUCGGGACCCCAAACCUGGGGCCCUGAAAUCUGGGACCCCCAAAACCAUGGGACCCCCCAAAACCCCGGGACCCCUAAAACCCCGGGACCUCAAAACCCUGGGACCUCAAAAUCCCAGGAUCCUCAAAACCCUGGGACCCCAAAAACCUGGGACCCCCAAAAACCUAGGACCUGAAAACCCCAGGACCCCAAAACCACAGGAUCCCCGAAAACCUGGGACCCCCAAAACCGUAGGACCC